AUGAUUUCUUAUCUAGGUAUCAUUAUCACAAUUAUAUUUACACUUGAGUUUUGCUCAGUAUUAACAAUUGAUAUUCAUUUAACUCAAUCGGAAUCCAAUCUUCUCUAUUCACAUUUACAAACUCCAAUUGAUCUAAGCUUAUUCUAUCGAAAACUCUUGCGAUCAAAUGGUAUUGAUGAUGUUGCACGUAUUCAACAUAUUGUAACUCAGGAUGAUAUACAAAAAUUGAAUCUAGUAAAUAAAUGUUUCAAGUCUUCCGAUGAUCUUUUGAAUGCUCUGAAGAUUAUAGCAAGUAAUAUCACUGGUAUAUUAACUCGUAGUGACGUGGACAAGUUAUCGCCAGCGUUAAUCGAUGCAAAAGUUAAUAUUGGAUGUGCGAAAUCAGGCGGACGAGUCACAUGGAAAAAUGUUCUAAUUGGCUUGUUAACUGUGACGUUUAUAAAUUGCUCAGCUCUUUGUGGUGCUAUUAUUUUACCAUUUCGAAAUAAACCAACAUUUAAAUGGGUUCUUAGUGGAUUUAUUGGCUUAGCCGUUGGUACACUUACUGGUUCAGGAAUAUUUCAUUUAAUUCCCAUGGCAUUUAAUACGCCAGAUCGAGAUCCUCAACAUACUUAUCUUGAUAAGGCUCUUAUAACCAUGAUUAUUAUUUAUAUUUUUUAUAUGCGUGACCAAUUGUUAAGAAUUUUUUUAAAUGUUGAAACUAUUAUUUGCACACAUACUCAUGGAGGUGAUGAUCAUGUAUUAACAGAAUCAAACUGUCAUGGUGAUUCUAUUCCUUCAAAGUUUGCUAAUUCAAAAGAUGUAUCCAUUACGGCUGCUACUGAACAAGUGUUUAAGAAAAGCCGUACACGUGGAUUAAUUGAAAAUUUAAAAAAGAUGAAAGCAGCCGGAUGGAUGAUCUUUAUUGGAGAUAUGUUGCAUAAUUUCAUAGAUGGCUUAACAUUGGGGGCUGCAUUUAUGGUAUCGAUUGGUGAAGGUCUUCGAUUAUCUUUGCCGAUUAUAUUUGAAGAAUUUCCUCACGAACUUGGUGAUAUCGCAGUUUUGCUUAGUAGCGGCUUGACUAUUGGACAGGCAUUAGUAAUGAAUUUUUUAUCGGCAUGUAGUUGUUAUUUCGGGUUUAUUCUUGGUGCUAAAUUAGGUGAACUUGAACACUUUCAUCCAUGGAUCUAUGCAUUAGCUGGAGGCAUGUUUGUAUAUAUUGGGCUUGCGGAUAUGAUACCCGAGCUUGUGGCGAUGGGUGACGAAAUCGAAAAAGAUUAUAUUGAAGCAAAAAAACCAGUAACAAUCAAAUUAAAGCUCAAUAUAUUAUUAUGUCAGAACAGUGGUUUAAUACUAGGGUUUGUUAUUAUGUUUGUGCUUGGAAAAUACGGUGAACAUUUGGAAAACUUAGUCAAAUUAUAA